CGUUGAGGAAAAUUCUCCAUGAAUGUACGUCACAAUGAUGAUGACCGACCAGAUUCCCCUGGAGCUGCCGCCGUUGCUGAACGGGGAGGUGGCCAUGAUGCCCCACAUGGUGAACGGCGACGGAUCGCAGCAGGUCUUUCUGGUUCAAGUUAAUCCAGGUGAAACCUUUACAAUAAGGGCUGAGGAUGGGACCCUGCAGUGCAUUCAAGGACCAGCGGAGGUUCCUAUGAUGUCACCCAACGGAUCCAUUCCCCCUAUCCAUGUGCCUCCAGGUUAUAUCUCACAGGUGAUAGAAGACAACACGGGCGUUCGGAGGGUGGUGGUUACUCCCCAGUCUCCGGAGUGUUACCCUCCCAGUUACCCUUCGGCCAUCUCUCCAACCCACCACUUACCUCCGUACCUGGCACAUCACCCCCAUUUUAUUCACAACUCCCACACGGCUUUUUAUCCUCCUGUCACUGGACCUGGGGACAUGCCACCGCAGUUCUUCCCACAGCAUCAUCUUCCCCCUACAAUAUAUGGAGAACAAGAAAUCAUACCACUCUAUGGAAUGUCCAGCUACAUUACGCGGGAGGAUCAGUACGGCAAGCCGCAGCACAAGAAACUCAAAGAGCGGCAGAUCGAUCGCCAGAACCGCCUGAAUAGCCCUCCUUCAUCCAUCUACAAGAGCCAUAUAGGCAGCUGCACGACUGUAUAUAAUGGUUACGCAAAGAGUCACAACGGAGCGAGCAGCGGAGGAGGAGGAGGAGGAGGAGGAGGCGGCGGCGGUGGUGGGGGGGCACCGGCAGUGAAGAAACCGGAACGCAGAGCGAGGAGCAGCCCAAAGGCAAAUGAACAAGACCCACGUGAAUAUGAUUCAGAAACAAAAAGGGUUCAAGACAUUCUUUCUGGAAUGGAGAAGCCACAGGUCACAAAUAUUCAAGCAAGAACAGCUUUACUUACGUGGUCACCUCCCACCGGCCUUUUAAAUGCAGAUAGACACAACGGUUUGCCUUACACUUGUACUUACGAGGUUGCCUUAUCAGAUAAAGGGAGGGAUGGAAAAUACAAGAUAAUUUACAGUGGAGAAGAACUAGAAUAUAACCUGAGAGACCUUAGGCCAGCAACAGAUUAUCAUGUCAGGGUAUACGUAAUAUACAACGCRGUCAAGGGCCCGUGCUCGGAGCCGGUGAGCUUCACCACGCCGAGCUGCGCCCCGGAGCCUCCCUUCCCACCCAAACCCUCGCACCGGACCAAAAGCUCCCUCACCUUGCAGUGGAAGGCACCCAUUGAUAAUGGUUCAAAAAUCACCAGCUACCUUCUAGAGUGGGAUGAGGGAAAAAGGAACAGUGGUUUCAGAGAAUGCUACUUCGGGAGCCAGAAGCACUGCAAGCUGACCAAGCUUUGCCCAGCUUUGGGAUACACCUUCCGAUUAGCAGCCCAGAAUGACAUUGGUACUAGUGGCUACAGCCAGGAAGUGGUCUGCUACACUGCAGGUAAUAUUCCUCAGACGCCUUCUGCGCCAAGACUUGUUCGAGCUGGUGUCACAUGGAUCACGUUGCAGUGGAAUAAAGUAGAAGGAUGUACACCAGAGGAAGCGAUUUCUUACACCCUGGAAAUUCAGGAAGAAGAUAAUGAUACUGUGUUUCACCCAAAGUACACUGGAGAGGAGCAAACCUGUACUGUGAAGAAUCUCAGAAGAAGCACACAGUAUAAAUUCAGGUUGUUUGCUUCUAAUGUGGAAGGAAAGAGUUCUCCAAGUGAAAUUUUGGUCUGUACCACAAGCCCAGACAGGCCAGGACCUCCAACCAGGCCCAUAAUUAAAGGGCCGAUAACAUCCCAUGGCUUUAGUGUAAAAUGGGAUCCUCCACAGGAUAAUGGUGGUUCAGAAAUUCUAAAAUAUCUAUUAGAGAUUUCCCAAGGAAAUUCAGAAGCCAAUCAAUGGGAAGUGGCAUAUAGUGGAUCAGCUACAGAAUAUACCUGUACUCACUUGAAACCAGGCACUUUGUAUAAACUCCGGGCAUGCUGCAUCAGCACAGGUGGACACAGUCAGUGUUCUGAAAGUUUACCUGUCCGUACGCUAAGUGUUGCACCAGGUCCCUGCCGGCCACCAAGGAUUUUAGGGAAGCUGAAGCACAAAGAAGUUCAGCUGCAAUGGGAUGCCCCGUCGUCAGAAAGUGGCUGUCCUGUCUCCGAGUACAGUGUAGAAAUGACAGAACCUGAGGAAGUAAUUUCUGAAGUGUAUCACGGUCCAGAUCUGGAGUGCACGGUCAGCAACCUCCUCCCUGGCACGACGUACCGGUUCAGAGUGAGGGCUCUGAACGACGGUGGGUAUGGGCCAUACUCUGAAGCCACAGAGAUCACCACGGCAGCGGGACCACCCAGCCAGUGCCGAGCACCUUCCCUCUCCUUUCUGUCCGACACAGGCGUACUUGUGAGCUGGGAGAGUCCUGAAUGUUCCGGUGCUGACAUUUCUGAAUACAGAUUAGAGUGGGGAGAAGAUGAGGAGUCUCUAGAACUCGUAUAUAGCGGCACAGAGACCAGUUUUGAAAUAAGUGAGUUGUCAGCAGCAGCACGUUACUGCUGUAGGCUCCAGGCUGUUAACGAGGCAGGAGCUGGACCCUACAGUGACCUAGUCACCUGCAAACUCCCUGCGUCUGUUCCUGACGCAGUCUCCAUCCUCUCCGUGCUGGAGGACGAGCCYGUGGACACCUCCCAGACGUCCCCUUCCGUGUGCCUUGCUCUGAGCUGGGAGGAACCCUGCAACAACGGGGCCGAGAUCACCGCCUACAACAUUGACCUYGGCGACAGCAGCAUUCCCGUGGGGAACGUCACCACUUACGUCAUCCACGAUUUGCUGCCAGAAACCUCGUACCGGAUCAGGAUCCAAGCUGUCAAUGAAAUUGGAGCUGGGCCAUUUAGCAACUUUAUUAAAGCAAAAACGAGGCCCUUACCACCGUUACCUCCUCGGCUCGAGUGUGCUGCAGCAGGUCCUCAGAGCCUGAAGUUGAAAUGGGGAGACAGCAGUUCCAAACUUCACGCUGCCGAUGACAUGGUCUAUAUCUUGCAGAUAGAAGACAGAAAUAAGAGGUUUAUUCCAAUUUACAGGGGACCGAGUCAUACGUACAAGAUACAAAGGCUGACAGAAUCCACUUGUUACUCGUUUCGAAUACAGGCCGUCAACGAUGCCGGGGAAGGGCCUUUCUCAGAAGUUUGCACCUUCUGCACAACUAAGUCAGUCCCACCUGCAAUCAAAGCCCCUCGAGUGACCCAGUUGGAGGGAAAUGCCUGUGAAAUCACCUGGGAAAUGGUCCCACCCAUGAAGGGAGAUCCUGUUGGUUACAUCCUACAGGUACUGGUUGGAAGAGAAUCUGAGUAUAAGCAGGUGUACAAGGGGGAUGAGACGACGUUCCAAAUCUCAGGCCUUCAAGUCAACACAGACUAUCGAUUCCGUGUGUGCGCGUGUCGCCGGUGCUCGGAUACCUCACAGGAGCUUAGCGGCCCUUUCAGCCCCUCCGUUGCCUUCGUGCUCCAGCCAAGCGAGCUCAUGCUUGCAGGAGAAGUGGGGAGCCUCGAUGACCCCAAGAUCAAGAGCUUGAUUCCUACUGAUGAACAGUUUGCAGCCCUCAUUGUGCUUGGCUUUGCAAGUCUGUCGAUUAUCUUUGCCUGUAUAUUACAAUACUUCUUUAUGAAGUAGAGAAUUCAAUGGAAGUUUGAGAUACGAAUUUAACUAAUGCUACGCAUUAUAAUCCACACAUUUAUUCAGAUAUUCCUUUUUGAAAGCCUUUUGUUCUACCAUACAUUUUAUAUACUUCUCUUGUUUUUACAGUUCUAGCUUGAAGAAAGAUAAAUCAGUGUUUUGAUGCACCUUUUUGAAAUUCAAAACUAGGAAGCGGUCAAACUGGAGAAAUAAGCAAACCAGAUACCAAAAGCAAGACUUUUUUUUCCUUCACAGUUUGAAAAUUGUCACCAAUUUGCCUUUUCAUUGUUUUUUUCUUUUGAUUUUUUUUAGGUUGUUAUUUUUCUAUUUUUUAUUUUUCACUGAAGUCUUUACAGUCUGUUAUGUUACUAUUUAGGAAAUUUUAAUCAUCAAUCACUUUUUUUCUCUUCUUUUUCUCUUAAACAUUAGUCACAGGUGUGUAUAGUGGUAAGACUAGAAUACAGUGUUAGUCAACAGUACCAGGUUUUCAUUGAACAGUAUUAUCAAUGUUGCCUAUGAUUUAUUCACUACAAUACUUUUGCCCCGUUUUUCAAGAUGAAAUGUACACUGUUAUUUUAACAUUUUAGUGUGUUUAAAUCAGAUUAUCCUGCAGCCUAAAAACACUUGUUUUUAUCUGACACUUUUACAACACUAUGAACUGCCUGUAUAAGAAAUUAAAUAACCAAACUGCAUAUAAAUUAUGAAGCAUUAUAGAUUUUUUUUACCAUUUUGAUUUCCUAGCAGUAAUUUUAAGUAAGAGGGCAUUGUGCAAUAGUUAGUUAUUCCCAUGUUCAGCUAUUUAAAAGCUGCUUUAACUUGUUUGUUUGUCACUGUAUAUAACUAUCCUUAAUCUACUACUAGAUAUUAUUCUAUUAUGUGCAGCCUGAUUUAUAUGAUUAGAGCUGGUGACAGCCUACUGCCUCUACUGAAUUAGGUAAGAUUUACACUUAACACAAGCAAACUUUACUGUCAGUUGAUUUUUUUAUUAUUUUUUUUGGAGGGGUAUCUAUUUUAUAUAGCUCUUGGAGGUAUCAGAAAUCUGUUUGCUCUAAGUACCUUUAAUGGGUGGCUACGAAUUCUUACCACAGGGGUAAAUAAAAUACUUGGUACAUUGCAAAUCUCAGCAGAUUUGCARAUCGUGCAGAUGUGUAGUCCUUGCUCUAGAGGCCCUAUUCCCACCCGCCUCCUCAGUGCCCCUUCCCAGACACAUGUUUCAGUCCAUCAAGAUAUUAGAUUUUUAACUCGUGACUCAUUGGGCUAUUUAUAUUAAGUCAACAUUGUGCAAGUACCUCAGGGACUUUAAUGAGCUGGAGGUGCAAAUAGAUUCCAAAAGGGUGCAACAGACACAGUGUUUUUCCCUGCCUACUGUUUUUGUAUAUUUUUGCUACUCGUUUUUGCUUUUGUCCUAGCUCUUUUGUGCUCUGUCUCCAUUUGUCUAAGAUUCAGUGUCCUGUACUAGCAUAAUAUUCCCUUAACCAAAGUAAUGGGGAAAAACAACAUUAUUUUUGUUUUAGGUUUAUUUAUACUAUAUACUGCAUACAGUACUUUAAAUACCAAUUACAGUGCAAUCUUUUAUUUAUUGUAAAAAAUAAAAAAUAAAAUAAAAAGUGUACUUAUGUACUAAUCCCCUCCUUACCCUCCCUGUAGCAUGUUAUAUUUUGUCUGUUUUAUACCAUUGUACUUUAGGUCAACUUUUUACCUGGCAGCAUUCCUAGUAUUAUUAAUCUUCUUACAUUUUCUUGUGUUUUUGAAGAUGGGAGCAUCUAGUACAUUAAAUGCCAAAAAAACCAUUAUCAGUGAUUCAAACGUUUACAUGUAUCCAAAAACAUAAUCAUCUCUGGAAAACAAAAGUGCUGAGAUCAAUGAAUUAUUCUGUGUGCCUCUCUAGAUGUAGCAAAUAUUAGAAAUGUUCUGUAUUUUGUUAUUGACUAUAAUUAGUUUAAUUUAGCCUUGCAAACUAAUGGCGUUGAGCUAAAUAUAUAUAUAUUUUUUG